AUGGACGGCAUCAAGGUGAAGACUGGGCUUUUGACUGAUGCCACGGUAGCUCAAAUGCUUGAUCGUGGUGUGGAUGUCACAGACUCCAAAUACUCAUGUGCCGAUCUUUUUGGGAGCCUUAGCGGGGCAGCCCUUUUGGAUGCCAUUUAUGAGCGUUUCGGAGCUGGUGAAGCUGAUGUGGACUGGUUCUCAGCCGGCACCACCAAUGACGGGAAACCAAUCAUGGUGAGAAACAUCAUUCGUUCAGAGCUGUCACGCCCAAUACAGGAGGCAACAGCCACAUCUUACAAGCACCGGCUCCUCAAAGAGGGGCUCUCGCAAAUGGCCUCUGGCGACGCAAUUUUCCGCUACCGGGACUCCUCUCGCACUCCACCAUUCGAAGCGGGAAGCUUCAACCAUAGAGCUGAAAGCUUCUACAGGGCUUACGAAGAGAAUCCAGAAAGCGAGAUGGUCCAGAAAGUUUUCAGCAAGGGAUUGACAAAAGUCAAAUUCAUGUCAGAGAAGAUGAACAAAGACUGCUGGGCCAAGUUCAUUGAAAUCCACAACAAGUUCCAUGCUGGCAGCGGGGCUUCCUACAUGGAUGUGUGCGAAGAGGCAUUGGCGCUCGAAGCUGCAUGGAAGGAGAAUUGUGCGGCCACAGGUACUGCCAACCACAAAUACCAGUCUUUGUACCAGACCUUCGUUCUGGGAAAGUCCGAGACUUUCCAGACAUGGCUCCCAUACACGCAGGCCCUUGCAUUCAUCCACUGCAUGAAGGGUCUGGAGAUUUGGGACGAUUUCAAAGCGUGGUCCAAUGCGAAUGCGGAUUUCCUGGAGACCCGUUUGGCCUCACUGCCUGCCAUAGCCUUGAUGCACGAGCUUUCAAAACUGAUCACAGGCUCCAUGAAAAAGCUGUACCCGCGUAAGACUAUGGCCAACGUGGUGCUUCAGGUCCCUACGUUCUCCAGCAAUGGUGCUCAGAGGACGCUUCCGUGGGUCUUCGAAAAGCCAUCUGCAGGAUCUAGUAGGCUCAUGAGUGUGUUACUCAUACCGAUGACACAGAGUGCCACUUUCAAGAAGUUUGGGGUGGGCCCGUCAGCGGUUGAAGAGAAGAAAGAAUCCAAGAAGAAGCAGGAGCAAGAGAUGAUUCAGGAAAUGGUGAGUUCCAAAUUCAAGGAAACCGGCAUGGGCAGCCAGAUCAAAAAGAGAAAGGACCUGGAGAAGAAGGAGUCCAAGGACACUGAAAUGCAGGCUCAGGAUGAGGACCAAGAGCGUGGCGAUGAAGGAGGUAACGGUGCUGCUGGAUGUGAAGGCCCAGCUGCCAAGAAAGCAAAGACCCAGGCCAAGAAAGCGGUCAAGUCCAAGUUCAGUGGUUUCAGCGCAGCGGAGAAGGAGCAGUACUCUGAGACCGUAUCAAGCCCCACUGAUGAAAAGGAGUUCCGGUGCAAGACUGCAUUGGAUGAAAUUCUGGGGGCAUUGUCUUUCACGGCCGACAUCAUCCGACAGAAAUCACUUGCUAGAUGGCAGGCAGCCAAGCUCAGCCAGAAGGAGAUCAAGAAGAGUCAGGAGGAGGAAGAAAAGGCUUUGUUGUCAACAACGGGAUUCUGUUUGAGCAUCUUCCUCCAAUUCGUUUUUACUCAACAGGUGGCCCUGAAUGGAACACAGUAUCGGUUCUACACAGGACUCAGAAGCGAACUUCAGGGAGUGUUGCAAGCUGCUCAUUCGACAUGGUCAACCAGCAUGGCAAACACUGGGGCUGGUGGAGAGGAGAUAUCUCAGCAAAAAGAUGCUUUGUCACUGGCUCAGCUGUUGUGCGACACAUAUGCCAACAAGCCAGUGACAUCCAUCGGGUGGGAUGAUGAGAUCGAGGAAGCAGACAAACCAGCAAAGAACGUUGCUUCCAUCAUGACCUUGAACUACUCUCAAAUUGUCCAGCCACUCAUUCUGUUCUUGAAGAGGAACCUGAAGCUACCAGUUCUCCUGCACGAGUUCCCCCGUGCAUUCCUGAUGAAGCUUCGUACUCAGCCAUCCAUGGAAUUGAUUGACUUGCUUUCCUUCAUGAAAGAUGAGAUCAACGAACAUCUCCCUUUCGUCUGGACGGCGUUUGCAGCCGACGUGUCUGACUGCUAUGGCUCAAAGAAAAGGUUCGUAGAGAAGACUGAGCAGGCAGGUAUCGGGCUUGGACUUGUGGCCUUUUCCGAUUGA